AUUCAUUUUCUUGCCCAUCACGGGCUAGCCUCCGUUGGCCCCCUUCUCUCUCGCAUUCAGCCAGGGCACGCCGCGGCCCACCGCCGACAAACACCUCUGCCUCCUACCUCCAAUCGCUUUCUCAGGCCGGCGUCCCACCUCCGAUCACGGCCUCCGGCCGCUGUCUCCACCCUAGGGUUCUUGAUGUUCACUUUGUGUGGGAGUUCCGAUGUGAUAUGGGCUCGUUUCCGUAAAUAUAGUUGCUAAUAUUCUGAUCUGGCAAGAAGAUGCUGAUAUUCGUAUGCUGACAUUGAACCUUGUUUCUCCGAAUCUUCCACAAUAAUCCACUGAUGUGGAACUUUUACGACAACAGGAGUAGCUGGCCUGAUAAAUUCCAGAAAUGGCUCAAUCCAGCAGUAAUGCUGUUGGAGUUGAUAACACAUUUAGAAGGAAAUGGAACCGAGAAGAAUAUUUGGAGAGAGCUCGAGAACGAGAAAGGGAAGAGAAGGAAGAGGAUGGCCACUUUAAAUCCAAAGCCAAAGCUCCUCCUGUUCAACGGAAACCCUUGAAGCACAGGGAUUUUGAAGUUGACCUUGAAUCUCGUCUGGGAAAAACUCAGGUUGUUACUCCAAUUGCACCAUUAAGCCAGCAGGCUGGAUACUACUGUGAAGUUUGUGAGUGCGUAGUAAAAGAUUCUGCAAACUACCUAGACCAUAUUAAUGGGAAAAAGCAUCAGAGAGCUUUGGGCAUGUCUAUGCGGGUGGAGAGGGCAACUCUUCAACAGGUCCAAGAAAGAUUUGAAAUGCUUAAGAAGCGGAAAGCCCCGGGUAGCUUUACUGAGCAAGAUUUAGAUGAGAGGAUACUAAAACAGCAGCAAGAGGAGGAAGAACGCAAGCGUCAACGCCGAGAAAGGAAGAAGGAGAAGAAGAAGGAGAAAGCUGCACAGGAUGAAUCAGAGGACAUCGAUCCUGAUGUGGCUGCCAUGAUGGGUUUUGGAGGUUUCCGGUCAUCGAAAAAGUGAGAAGUGCUUCAUCAGAGUCUUUCAACGCUAGACAUGCAACAUCUACUGGCGCCAUCUUUUAAGCAGACUAUGAAAUGACAAAGCCGUUGCUCUGUUUUGUUUCUGAAAGUGUUAUGCGAUGAUUAUGAAGGGCCUUAAACUUAAUGUCACAGAAUUCGAAGGUUUACUAUGUCGAUGUUCUUAUGGUCAAAAGUUAAAAUGAUUUAUAUCUCUGUAAUUUGUGAUUUUCAGUGAAUCUGCUCUCUUCAA